AACUCUACUACCAACAGUUGAAGAUGAAGAUCACAGACUUUGAGAACAGGAGGAGCUUUAAGUCCAUAUGGCUCAACAGCCAGUACAGAGAAGAGGAGAUCACUCUCUACCCAGAUAAACACGGCUGUGUCAGGGACCUGCUGGAGGAAUGUAAAAAAGCUGUGGAGCUCUCAGACAAAGGCUCAGAGAAGCUCCGACUGUUGGAGAUAGUAAGCUAUAAGAUCAUCGGGGUUCACCAGGAGGACGAGCUGUUAGAAUGUUUAUCUCCCGCCGCCAGCCGUACCUUCAGAAUAGAGGAACUUCCUCUGGACCAGGUAGACCUGGAUAAGGACACUGAGAUGUUGAUUCCCGUCGCACAUUUCCACAAGGAGGUCUUUGGGACGUUUGGAAUCCCUUUCCUGUUGAAGAUCAGACAGGUGUGUUGUCUCUCCUGUUGAAGAUCAGACAGGUGU